AUGGCUUUAUACCGGAUCGAUCUUGUGAAAGAUGCUACAGGAAAGCAGACUGCCAACCCUCGAUCUAUUUCCCUUUCCUACAGGCAACUUCGAGGGGACCUCAUCCUUACUUUCCGUAUUAUGAAUAACCUGGAUAGUUGCUUCGUCUCCGACUAUUUGUUUACCCAGGCUAAUACGCGAACUUUGCGCGGACAUCCCCUUAAACCACGCCCCGGCAAAGCAGGGAUCGACGGACGAAAGUUCUUCUCCAUUAACAGCGUAGUUGCAGCAUGGAACGCCCUUCCCGAAGAGAAUAUGCGGUACGGUUCGCUAACGGACAUCUAUCUGUAUAAGAAAUACUGGAUCCAGAAAGAGAAAAAUAGUUUUCGAGUGAACGCGUUUGACAGCACAACCCUGACAGUGGUCUAUGAGGUCGCUGUUGAUAAUCAUCGCGGGUUCUUACGUUGUCGCCAACUUGUCGGUGGACUCUGCGGUCUGCUUAAUCGCACCUCUGUGAAGCUGCCAGGACUUUUACAGGCCCCUUCUCGUUUCGACCCCAUUGUCCCCGAUGAGCUCCUCUUGCAUCACCCCCGUGAUGCUAUGUGA